UCCAUUUGUAAAAGGGACCGGGGAAAACUCUCAGGCAUCUCAAUGGCCCGUCAUAAAGGCGAAUUGGUGGUAAUUGGCUAAAUGGAACCGGAGACACGCCCAGGCAGGGGUAUUGGUCCCAGCUGGCCGGACGGGCUGACCAGGAGUGACCUUGCUCUAACAGAGUUGGGAGGAGAGAUGAAACUGAAGCUGAUGGUCUUUGAGGGUACAACCAGAUUAUGGGGUGAUCAUGGACAAGAAGCUUUGGAAUCUGCUCAUGUUUGCCUAAUAAAUGCAACAGCCACAGGAACAGAAAUUCUGAAAAAUCUGGUAUUACCAGGUAUUGGCUCAUUUACAAUUGUUGAUGGAAAUCAGGUCAGUGGAGAAGAUGCUGGAAAUAAUUUUUUUCUUCAAAGAAGCAGUAUUGGAAAGAACCGAGCUCAAGCAGCCAUGGAACUCUUACAAGAAUUAAAUAGUGACGUCUCUGGGAGUUUUGUGGAAGAGAGUCCAGAAAAACUCCUAGACAAUGAUCCUUCAUUUUUCUGUAGGUUUGAUGUGGUGAUAGCGACUCAUUUGCCAGAAAGUACAUUGCUCCACUUAGCGGAAAUCCUUUGGAAUGCUUGCAUUCCUCUUUUGGUCUGUAGAACAUAUGGGCUGGUUGGUUAUAUGAGGAUCAUUAUAAAAGAACAUCCAGUGAUUGAAUCUCAUCCAGACAAUGCGCUGGAAGAUCUUCGGCUGGAUAAGCCCUUUCCUGAGCUUAGAGAGCACAUACAGUCCUAUGAUUUAGAUCACAUGGAGAAGAAGGACCAUAGCCAUACUCCAUGGAUUGUGAUUGUAGCCAAGUAUUUGGCACAGUGGCACAGUGAUAAGAAUGGACAAAUACCUAAAACAUACAAAGAGAAAGAAGCCUUCAGAGAUUUGAUUAGACAAGGUAUUUUGAAGAAUGAAAAUGGUGUUCCAGAAGAUGAAGAAAAUUUUGAAGAAGCUAUUAAAAAUGUGAACACAGCACUAAGUACCACUCAGAUACCAAGCAGUAUUGAAGACAUUUUUAAUGAUGAUCACUGUAUCAAUAUUACUAAACAGAGUCCAUCCUUUUGGAUUUUGGCGCGGGCUUUAAAAGAAUUUGUGGCAAGGGAAGGUCAAGGAAACUUACCUGUUCGAGGCACUAUUCCUGAUAUGAUUGCAGAUUCUGGAAAAUUUAUAAAAUUACAAAAUAUUUACCGUGAAAAAGCAAAAACAGAUGCUGCUGCUGUGGGUAAUCAUGCUGCCAAAUUACUCCAGUCUAUAGGUCAGGCACCAGAAUCCAUUUCACAGAAAGAAUUAAAAUUACUCUGCAGCAAUUCAGCAUUUCUUCGAGUGGUGAGGUGUCGAUCCCUUGCUGAAGAAUAUGGCUUGGACACUAUCAAUAAGGAUGAAAUCAUUUCCAGCAUGGAUAAUCCAGAUAGUGAGAUAGUGUUGUACUUAAUGCUCCGAGCUGUUGAUAGAUUCCAAAAACAGUAUGGAAGAUAUCCAGGAGUUUAUAACUAUCAAGUUGAAGAUGAUAUAGGGAAAUUGAAAUCUUGCCUGACCAGCUUCCUUCAAGAAUAUGGUUUAUCUGUAAUGGUAAAAGAUGAUUAUGUCCAUGAAUUCUGUCGGUACGGAGCUGCUGAACCUCAUACAAUUGCAGCAUUCUUGGGAGGAGCUGCUGCUCAGGAGGUUAUCAAAAUAAUUACCAAGCAGUUUGUAAUUUUUAAUAAUACUUAUAUUUACAGUGGCAUGUCACAAACCUCAGCAACUUUUCAAUUGUAGAAAAAUUACAGUAUGUUAACAGCAUGCUAAUGCUUAAAACUGUAAUUGCCUUCAAGUUUUGUUAAGUUCUGUAUAAUUCUAAUACAGGGCUGCUAAAUUGUUUCCUUAAUAAACAUUAAAAAUGAUUUUUUAAAAAAUAUU